AUGGUGCAAGCUGUGGGCCGCGCGUUCGAUGUGCCCGUGUUGACCGCACUCCUGACGCUGCUGUUAGUCGAUCAAGUUUCUUCUAGGCUGUGCAAUGGGGGGCAUGUCUGCUCUCCUCCAAAAGACUGCUGUUCGUUUGGCUGUUGUUACGGUGUAUUCCAAUUGCACUCUGCAUCAGACAUGUUUAAUUUCUUGAUUUGGACUUAUUGGUACUUAUGGGCAGCAGUAUUUAUAGGAUUGGCUAUAGCAGCAGCAUGUGGUUGCUGGCUAUGGAGACGCCAUCGGUCAGUCAUGGUGGAGGAUUGUGCUUCUUCUGACAGGGCUUCCACGGGUCCUUGGUAUCCAUCUCCGCAUUACAGUCACUGUAGUUCCUUUGUUCAAGCAUUGCCACCUCCAUACAAUGAGGUUACAGCCAAACCAGAUCUGUAUCCAUUGGUAAUUGGAUACGAUGAAGGAACUGGCAAAGGAACUUCAGGGUUUGUAAUGCGCUACUUCAGAUCGCUCUCACAAGCCAGCACAUUGGACUCGUUGAGCUCCAGCUUCAUGUGUAACGUGGUCAAUGAAGUGAACACCAUAAUUCCACCACCAUAUUCUUCUAACAACAGCGCCGACGAGCUGUCUGCAGUGGGAUGCGCGAGAAUGGAAAACAUAGAUGUUGGCUCUGUUGUUUCGUUGGCUAAUCAUAGGACAACGUCUGACAUAUCGAGUUUAGCUGCUCAAUCUCCGUGUUCACCGCCACGGGCUACUAGUCCAACGAUAGAGUUACGCGAACUUUUAGAUAAAAUUCAGCAGCUGCCACAGCUACCCAGCGGGCAUGGUACCGUUUUGCCUUGUUAUCAGAAUCGACCUCAAGUUUUAUGUACGACGAACGGAAACGGCUCUACUCAACGGCCUCUAAGUCCAGGUGAUGUUGUCGGAACGUACAAAGACAGAAGGACGCGAGGAAAAAUGUACAUGCCGUUAGGACUUCCAAGUUCAAGGAACAAAACGAAACGAUGGUUGUCGCGUUCGGCACCGACGACGCCAUCGGGCACGAUACCGAUGUCCUUUUUGUCGGUGCAAAGCAGACGACCAUCUGAAACUGAUAACAAUAAUCAGCAGGUGGUCCCGUUGCUCUCGGAACAGGACGAAAUUGAGAACAAUAACGUGGAUCAGUUGAACGGCAUCCCGUUGCUGUCCGAGCAAGAUGAAGAUCCGCAAGAAACAUGA